CUCCAGAUUAAUCCAUGUUGUGAGAUGCUCCACAGAUUCAUCAUUGUUCUUUAUUAUUGCGUACUAUGUGUGUGUAUGUACCGUAGUUUGUUUAUCCAUUCAUCUGUUGAUAGGCUAAUCCCACUCUUUAUCUUUACCAUAACCAAUUCUCUUAUGCGUUUGAGAGAGGAUCUGAGAGAGGUGGAUAGGACUUGGAGUAUUUAUUCUACCUAGGGAUCCAGUUCCUUCACUACAAACAUAUACACACACACCCCAGACUCUGCCUUUGAAUGUCCUGGCCAUGUUUCAGGGUUCCAUUCAAAUUGCACAUCUAUGAAAUGUUUGUUACCUUUCUCCAAACCCACCUAGUUUUAUCUUAAACCAUUGUGCCUAUCCUGCUCCUUAUGUUAGACAGUAACUACCAGAAUAUGGAACCAGGCCUUGCCCAUGUCUCUGUAGGCUUCCUGGCUCUGACUGCUAGCAUGAGAAGUGCUAAAGUUGCCUGGACAGAGAAUUGGAGAAACAUGUCUCUAAUGGAAGUAGCAGAAGCCUUGUUUGAGAAGACUAGGCCAAGAAUACAAAACACUUUAAACUUUAAUUUUGAAUUAACCUUGUAUAUACUUGUGGUUUUUGUUAGAUUAUUGCUUUGAAUUAGAUGAUUGUUCAGACCCAUUUUACUCAUAGGUAUUUAGUUACUGUCAGUACUUUCACAGGAUUUAAGAGCCAGAAACUAUUAAUUGGCUGGGUUUUUUCUCCCUAUUUAUAUAUCCGUUUCAGUUAGCGUUUGUUGAGUACUUACCAACUUGGACUCAGUGCUAGAGAGUAAAAACUGCUUGAUAGUCAUGGUCCCUGUCCUCAGGGAACUAACUGAUGGUUUCACAGGAGAGAGAGAUACAUCAAUGUCAAGUUGAUGUCAAGUAUGAUACAGGAGGUGAGGUUGUGUGGUCUAUAAGCCAGAGUCCUUGGAGUCUAGAGUCUGGAUCCAGGUUCCAAUUCUGGCUCCAAAAAGCAGGGUAAAGGGAAAAAAAAAAAAACAACAACACUAUGACAGCAUGUUUUCUAAGACAGAGUUUAGCUUAUAAAAACAAGGCUCUCUGCCAGUGUAUUUAUAAAUAGGUAUAGAAAAUGCCUAAGACCUAAACAAGUUUGGUUAAUAAUUCUUUAAUAUCACCAAAUAUCCAGUCAGAGCUGAAAUUUCUAAUUGUCUCAUGUCUUAACUUUUUUAACCAUUUGUUGAAUUAGGAAUCAAAGAUCCAUAUGUUGUGUUUGGUUGCUAUGACUCUUAAGUCUAUUUUGUCUGUAUCAGGAUUUCUCGACCUCAGCACUGUUGACAUUAUGGGCCAGUUAAUUCUUUGUUGUAGGGGACUGACCUGUAAAUUGCCCCAAGAAGAACCACUGACCUAUGUUCACUGACCUGUUUUUUCUCCUAGUGAUUUAUUUGCAGAAGAAGCUGGGUAGUUUAUCCUACAGAGUUUCCCCUCAGUCUGGAUUUUGCUGAUUUUCAUCCCUGUAGCGUAAUUUAGGAGCCCUGAUGGCACAGUGGUUAAGAGCUACGGCUACUAGCUGCUCCUUGGAAACCCUAUGGGACUGUUUUACUCUGUCCUAUAGGGUCGCUAUGAGUCAGAAUCGACAGCAGAGGGUUUGAUUUUUGGUUUUAGUGUAAUUUAACAUCCUCUGUCACCAAUUUUCUGUUAAUUGGUAGUUGGAGAUAGAGGCUUAAUUACUUUCAGAUUUUUUUGUUUUAUUGGGCAAGACUGUGUCUUCAUAGGUGGUGUUUGGUCUUCCAUCAGGAGGCACAUAAUACCUCUUGUAUCUUUCUGUAAUGCUAACAACCAUUGGUGCCUAAUUAAUUUAUCAGGGAUCUUUUUAUUUUAAAAUGUAUGUUUUCAUUUCGACAAACUGUAUUUUAAAUAACAAUUUGUGUUCUCCCUUAAUAAAGGAAGGGGAGAUGGAAGGUGAGGCAGUUGAAGCCAUUGUGGAGGAGUCCGAAACUUUUAUUAAAGGAAAAGAGAGAAAGACUUACCAGAGACGACGGGAAGGUGGCCAGGAGGAGGACGCUUGCCACCUACCCCAGAACCAGACGGAAGGGGGUGAGGUGGUCCAGGAUGUCAACAGCGGUGUACAGAUGGUAAUGAUGGAACAGCUGGACCCCACCCUUCUUCAGAUGAAGACUGAAGUAAUGGAGGGAGCAGUGGCUCCAGAAGCAGAGGCUGCUGUGGACGAUACCCAGAUCAUAACCUUGCAGGUUGUAAAUAUGGAGGAACAGCCCAUAAACAUAGGAGAGCUUCAGCUUGUUCAAGUACCUGUUCCCGUAACUGUACCUGUUGCUACCACUUCAGUAGAAGAACUUCAGGGGGCUUAUGAGAAUGAAGUGUCUAAAGAGGGCCUUGCAGAAAGCGAACCCAUGAUAUGUCACACCUUACCUUUGCCUGAAGGAUUUCAGGUGGUGAAAGUGGGGGCCAAUGGAGAGGUGGAGACGCUAGAGCAAGGGGAACUUCCGCCUCAGGAAGAUCCUAGUUGGCAAAAAGACCCUGACUAUCAGCCACCAGCCAAAAAAACAAAGAAAACCAAAAAGAGCAAACUGCGUUACACAGAGGAGGGUAAAGAUGUGGAUGUAUCUGUCUACGAUUUUGAGGAAGAGCAGCAGGAGGGUCUGCUGUCGGAGGUUAAUGCAGAGAAAGUAGUUGGUAACAUGAAGCCUCCAAAGCCAACCAAAAUUAAAAAGAAAGGUGUAAAGAAGACAUUCCAGUGUGAACUCUGCAGUUACACGUGUCCACGACGGUCAAAUUUGGAUCGUCAUAUGAAAAGUCACACUGAUGAGAGACCACACAAGUGCCAUCUCUGUGGUAGGGCAUUCAGAACAGUUACCCUACUGAGGAACCAUCUUAACACACACACAGGUACUCGUCCUCACAAGUGCCCAGACUGUGACAUGGCCUUUGUGACCAGUGGAGAAUUGGUGCGGCAUCGUCGUUACAAACACACCCAUGAGAAGCCAUUUAAGUGUUCCAUGUGCGAUUACGCCAGUGUAGAAGUCAGCAAAUUAAAACGUCACAUACGCUCUCAUACUGGAGAGCGUCCAUUCCAGUGCAGUUUGUGCAGUUACGCCAGCAGGGAUACAUACAAACUGAAAAGGCACAUGAGAACCCAUUCAGGGGAAAAACCUUAUGAAUGUUAUAUUUGUCACGCUCGGUUUACCCAGAGCGGUACGAUGAAGAUGCACAUUUUACAGAAGCACACAGAAAAUGUGGCCAAAUUUCACUGUCCCCACUGUGACACUGUCAUAGCCCGAAAAAGUGAUUUGGGUGUCCACCUGCGAAAGCAGCAUUCCUAUAUUGAGCAAGGCAAGAAAUGCCGUUACUGUGAUGCUGUAUUUCAUGAGCGCUAUGCCCUCAUCCAGCAUCAGAAGUCACACAAGAACGAGAAACGCUUUAAGUGCGACCAGUGUGAUUAUGCUUGCAGACAGGAAAGGCAUAUGAUCAUGCACAAACGCACCCACACUGGGGAGAAGCCUUAUGCCUGCAGCCACUGCGAAAAGACCUUCCGCCAGAAACAGCUCCUUGACAUGCACUUCAAACGCUAUCACGACCCCAACUUUGUCCCUGCGGCCUUCGUCUGUUCUAAGUGUGGGAAAACAUUUACACGUCGGAAUACCAUGGCAAGACAUGCUGAUAAUUGUGCUGGUCCAGAUGGUGUGGAAGGGGAAAAUGGAGGAGAGACAAAGAAGGGUAAACGUGGAAGAAAAAGAAAGAUGCGUUCUAAAAAAGAAGAUUCUUCUGACAGUGAAAAUGCUGAGCCAGACCUGGAUGACAAUGAGGAUGAGGAGGAACCUGCCGUGGAAAUUGAACCAGAGCCAGAGCCACAGCCUGUGACCCCAGCCCCACCACCCGCCAAGAAGCGGAGAGGACGACCCCCCGGCAGAACCAACCAGCCCAAACAGACCCAACCAACAGCCAUCAUUCAGGUUGAAGACCAGAACACAGGUGCAAUUGAGAACAUUAUAGUUGAAGUCAAAAAAGAGCCAGACGCAGAGCCUACAGAAGGAGAGGAGGAGGCCCAACCAGCUGCCACAGAUGCACCCAAUGGAGACCUCACGCCUGAGAUGAUCCUCAGCAUGAUGGACCGGUGAUGGCAGGGCCUCGCUCAUCUCCAGGACUGCUCUGGGCUGUGUUUAAACGGCCCGCAUCUUAAUUUUUCUCCCUUCUUUCUUCUUUUGGCUUUGGGAAAAGCAUCAUUUUACACCAUUUUACCAAACAUACUGAGAACUAAAACUUCCAAGGAUGAUGUUAGAAAAAUGUGAUUUAACUAGGACUUGCUGUUUGAUGUUAGCAAUCAUGGAAUGUUCUGAGUACCUGAAGGUUUACUGUGAAGUGCUGAGGACAGUGUUGAAGCCUAACUAGUUUUCUUAGAUGGAAACAGAGACAUUGUACUCUCUCUUUGGAUUUGGUAAACCACUCCAGAAUGGCCACCGGGUUUCCCAGAGUUCUCUGGUCUUCUUCCCAGCAGAGUUUUUAAUUGUAAAUGCAGACUUGGGAAGGACUUAGACUUUUAAACUGUUUUUUGCUUUUGCUUUUCCCUGACUCCCUUUGCUUGGAGUCAGGUGCACACCAGUAGUAUGGCAUGCUACGAUCGGUUUCUGUCCUGAAAGCUUUGCCUCUUUCUUGGCAAAGUUUCUGGUAUGGUCAAGCUUGUAAAUAACUUUUUUUACAUUUUAAUCUUUUCCAUUAAUUAAGACGUGCAGUGUAAGAAAACCCAGCAUUUUAAUUACUUGCAAAUUAAGUUACCACAGACUCUGUAGUGUGUAAAUGUUGACAAAGAAUUGGAUCACAAUCAUGUAGCAGAACAGCACUCAGACUGCUGCCCGCUAGUGAUGGACACCCACGUGGAAGAUCGUGAUUUCCAGCUCAUGGAGCCAGCAUUUGAACCUUGUACAAUUAACUUUCACUUAUGAUUUCCCAUCUACAUUUUCUUUGCUCUGUUUGUAGCUGAAUUUUGUGUUUAUAAAUCUUCUGUUAAAGCCGAAGGGUGAUUAUGAGUGGGUCACAGCAGCUCUUAAAAAGCUGGGCCAGAAAAUUUCACUAGGUCGGUAAUUUAAACGUCGGAUCUUCAAAAAAAAAAUAAUAAUAAUAAUGUGAAACAAAACCAACUAAAAAAUGAUUCUUGCACAUGAACUGUCACAUGUUUAAAAUGUGUUUUUUAGAGCACCUCAGUCUUGCUGAUUUCAAAUACUUUUUUCGUCUGUGUAUUGCUUUUAAAAGAGCCUUCAGUUAGCUAUCAGACUCUAGGUUGAUGCAUUUUGUACUUAGCUGUACUGUGUGAUAUUUUUCAUUAUUUUAGGAUGCCAACAUGAGACCUGUAAUAUGUAAUGGGAUUGAAAGCUGGGGAGGAGAAUCUACUGCUGUACAGCUAAUAAAUCAUAACAGAUUAACAAGUGCU